CACCAUCCAUCACAAUUCACAAAUGACUCGUGAAAGAAGAAAAAGGAAGAGUCCCCCCAAAAUAUCCCCUCUCAUAUAACUUAACUGAGAAAUUCAUUUUCCCAAAUUCUAGCGGAUCGAUGCGAGAAUGAAGAAACCAUGCGAUGAAGAGGAAUCCUUCUACUACUUCUGCUGCUCUGUGUUGCGUCGUCUUCUCUUCGGAUCGUCGUCCAAUUCCAUGGACAAGGCCGAUUCUUGCUCCGCCCAAUCAGAACUGGAGUUGUUGUUCAGAGAGUACGCCAAUAGAGAGAUCAAUGCCUUGCUGUGGAUAGGGCUCAUCCUCGUCACCGCUCUCUUGCUCCGCAAACUCGCCGGACUGUUCAGAUUAUGGGCCAAGGGCAGGCCCAUCCCUGGUCCUCCCUCUCCCUCCUUCUUCGGCCACUCCCGCCUCUUCUCCGUGGCUGAUCUUACCGAAUUUUUGUCAAAGUCACACCAGAUAUAUGGAGCAGUGGUCAAGUUAUGGUUGGGUCCUACUCAACUUCUGGUAUCAAUAAAAGAUCCAGAAGAUAUUAAAGAUAUGCUCCUGAAGGCUGUGGAUAAAUUGCCAACGGCAGGAAGAGCAUUCCACUUAUCCUUUGGGCGAUCAAGCCUCUUUGUAUCCUCCUUUAAUGAGGUACAGAAGAGAAGGGACUUAUUAGAAACAGAAAUAAAUGGGAAACUGCUUGAGAGAGCAAAUGUGAUUCCCACAAAAGUUCUGGACUGUGUGAUGGAAAGGAUUCUAGAUGUCUCCAACAAAGGGAGUUUGGACUGUAAAAUGGUUUCUCAGCAUUUUGCUUUUACCAUCUUGGGAACUACACUCUUUGGGGAUGCUUUUUUGUCUUGGUCUGAGGCAGCUAUUUAUGAAGAACUUCUUAUGACGAUUGCCAAGGAAGCUUGCUUUUGGGCCUCAUAUCGUCUUAUUCCUUUCUGGAGAUGGGGAUUCUGGAGAUACCAGUAUCUUUGUACAAAGUUCAGAUCCUUAACCCAGGACAUCAUUCAACUGCGUAGUCACAAUUUCAGGGUAUUUUAUGAAACGGAUCAGAAACAUAAUGGAAGAAGAAAUACAGUGGAUGGUGCUGUCUCUCUUGCUCCACAUUUUUCUAUUGUUGGGAUGCCAGUUAACUUACUGUCACCAGAGCUUGAUGGCCAUCUGAAUCCAAGAGAGCCAUGUGGAAAUGUGAUAAGCAUGAUGUUCCAUGGGUGUCUAACAACUGCAGGUCUUAUUGGUAACGUCUUAGUGAGGCUUGCAACAAACUUUGAAAUACAAGAUAAGAUUCACUCAGAGAUUGUUACUGUGCGGGAAGGUUUACAAGGAAAAGACCAACAAGGAAUUGGUAAGAUGGUCCUUUUAUUGGCAACUUUAUAUGAGUCUGCUCGACUUCUUCCAGCCGGGCCCUUGCUACAAAGAUGUUCUCUUAGUCAUGACUUAAAUCUUAAAACAGGAGUAACAAUACCAUCUGGAGCCAUACUUGUUGUCCCAGUACAGCUGGUACAAAUGGAUGAUUCCAAUUGGGGGAGCGAUGCUAGUCAGUUUAACCCAUACCGUUUUCUGUCAAAGGCUGAGAAGAGAUCUGAUUCAGAAGAAUUUGUGGAUAUGGAAUGGGACUCAUAUUUUCUGAAGGAUCCCAAUGAAAAUGCUGCAUUUCUGCCAUUUGGAUAUGGAACUCGAGCCUGUCUUGGCCAGAAAUUUGCAAUCCUAGGAGUGGCCACACUUUUUGCCUCAUUGCUUGAGUACUACGAGAUAAGGCUUCAGCCAGGAUUUGAGAAUAACCCAGAGCCAGUGAUGAACAACUGUGUUCUUCAGCUCCUUCCCAGUCCCAAGAUAGUUUUUGUGAAGAGGAACAGCUGAAAUAAGGCACAAAGUGUCGCCCAUUUUUCAAAGAAAAAGAUCCUUCUUCUUUUCUUUUUCGCCUCCGUGAAUAAACAGGGAAUGCAAAUUUUCCUUUGGGUUCAUUCACUAAUAAAAAUGGGCUAGUACAUGAGCAUGUUUGGCAUGGCAACUCAUGUUUUUCCCUUCUUGAUUUGAAUGACCCAAAUGCAGUCUUAUGCCAUAAUAUCAUGUUCCAACAGAGGAGUACAUAGCAUUUCUCAACUCUGUUUUUCGUCCCUGAUUUGAAUGUCCCAGCUGCUGUCAAUAUCAUCCUUGCCAUGAUAGGUCUGUGAUUUAUUUUUGAAGCACCUGGCUGUUGCAACGGAGCUUGUGCUUUCGUUCCCAUCUUUGGGUUUGUAUCUCUUUUUUUCCCCCCCAUUUUCCAACUCUUUUUUUUCUCCAAAAGGAGGUAAUGUAUCUCUCCACGCUCGUGGCUUUGGUGUCUGUCAGACAUUUAAUUCUAAAAAGAAGUUGUUGAUUCGAAAUUUGUUGUUUGAGGCCAUGUAUUUUUCUUUUAUAAUUUCUGUCCAUGGCAAUACACACUAUAUAUAUUUCCACUGUGUAAUAGGGAACGUCCAAGAGUUUACAGA